ACCCCCCCGGAUCCCCCUCAUUGCCCCCCCAGGGACUCCCAGGGAACCCCCCAGGGUCCUCCCCGGCGCGUCCACCAUGGCCGCACACGCCUCGACACGCCUCGACACGCCUCGACACGCCGCCGCCCUCCUGCUCCUGCUUCUGGCCCAUGCUGAAAUUUCGAGUGGGGAGACUCCUGCAGCCCCCGAAUGCGGGCGUCAGCGGGAGCUGGGCCGCGUGGUGGGGGGCACGGCCGCGCGCCCCGGGGAGUGGCCCUGGCAGGUCAGCCUCCAGCUGCGGGGGGAGCACUUCUGCGGGGGCACCCUCGUCACCCCCCAGUGGGUGCUCUCGGCCGCCCACUGCUUCCAGGGGCCCAACGGGAGCCGGGCAGAGCCCACAGCCUGGCGGGCGGUGGUGGGCCGGCUGCGGCUGCAGGAGACGGGUGGCCAGGAGAGGACGGUGGUGGAAGUGGUGGUCCACGAGGGCUACCGACGGGUGGAAGGGGGCCACGACCUGGCGCUGGCCCGCCUGGAGUCCCCCGUCACCCUCGGGCCCCGCGUGGGGACCAUCUGCCUGCCCAAGGCCGGCCACCCCUUUGCCUUCGGCACCCCGUGCUGGAUCACCGGAUGGGGCCACGUGGCUGAGAAUGUGUCCCUGCCGGUGGGGUCCCCCCUGCAGAAGGUGGCCCUGGACCUGCUGAGCCCCCCGACCUGCAACUGCCUCUACUCCAACCUGCGGCGCCGGGAGCUGGCACGGCCGGCACGGCCCGGCAUGGUCUGCGCCGGGGGGCAGGAGGGCGGCCGCGGCGCCUGCCAGGCAGACUCGGGGGGCCCGCUGGCCUGCGGUGGCCCGGGGGGGCGCUGGGUGCAGGCCGGGGUGCUGAGCUUCGCCGUGGGCUGCGCCCGCCCCAACGGGCCAGUGCUGGCCACCGGGCUGGCGGCCCACGCCGGGUGGCUGGGGAGACGGCUGCCCCCCACUGCCUUCGCCCCCCUGGGGACGCCCCCCCCCCCCGGCCUGGAGGACGGCAAGUGCCUGGGCUGCGGGAUGCAGGGGGGGCCCCCCCUGACCCCCCCCCCCGGCCCCUCCUGGCCCUGGGCCGUCAGCCUGCGCCUGGGGGGGCGGCACCGCUGCGGGGGGGCGCUGGUGGCCGAGGCCUGGGUGCUGACAGCCGCCCACUGCUUCAUCGGGCAGCAGGACCCCGAGGCCUGGGAGGCGGCGGUGGGGGGGGCGCAGCGGAAGGGCGCCCGGCUGCACCUGCACGGGGCCUACGUGGGGCCGGGGGGGGGCCGGGACCUGGCGCUGCUGCGCGUGGAGCCCCCCCUGCCCCCCGGCCCCGCCCUGCGCCCCCUCUGCCUGCCCUACGGCCAGCACCGCCCCCCCCCCGGCACCCGCUGCUGGGCGCUGCUGGGCGCCAACGGCUCGUCCAUCCCUGAGGAGCUGGUCAGCGUGGAGGUGACGAUCUCCGAGUCCUGCGGGAACGUCGGGGACGACGUGGGGGACGCGUCCCCCCCCGACACCUUCUGCAUCACCGUCCCCGAGGGCACCCGCGCCUGCCAGCCGGACGGAGGGUCCCCCGGCCUGCGAGGAACGGGGGGUCUGGUUCCUGGCGGGGACGGCCAGCGUGGGGGGCUGCGUCCAAGGGGGGCCCCCCCUUUUCACCGCCGCCCCCCACUACGAACGCUGGGUCGCCGGCAUCACCCGCGAAGCCUAUUUCGCCGAGACCCCCCCGGACCCCCGCGAGGAGGAGGAGGAGGAGGAAGAGCCCCCCAAAACCUCCGAGAACCCCAACGUUCGGGGGGAUCCCGAACCCACGGAGGAUCCGGGGUUCCUGGAGCGCCCCGAAACCUCCGAGACCCCCGACAUCGGGGAACAACCGGAGAGCGCGGGGACGCCCCCCCCCACGGGGGACCCCGAUAUGUGGAGGCAAGUCCAGAUGCCCGAGGACCCCGACAUCUGGGGGGACCCCAAAUCCUGGGAGGACCCCGGUGUCCAGGAGGUCUCCGGCGAGGCCUGACACCCCCCCCCCCCAACUUUUGGGGGGGACGCGCACGCACCCCCCCCCCCCCCCCCCCCCCCGGAGCAAUAAAGCAGUGGUGGUCUGCAGUGUCCCCCGAC